AUGGCUGAACAAGAAGAAACUACUACGGGCAAAGAACGCAUUAUUCCUUUUGAUUUAUUGCCAGACGAAAUAUGGCUUCGCAUUUUCUCAGAAUUUUCUGUUUCAACUUUAUGUCGUUGUCGUAGGGUUUCCAAAAAGUGGAACACUUUGUCGCAUGAUCAAAGCAUCUGGCUAUACCUUUGUAAAAGUAUAUUACCCGCUUCAUUUAUCGCAAAAAUGAAGCCAACUCACCAAAUUGAAGAGGAGGAUAAUAAAAAUGAUAUUUUUGCUGCUGCCAUUAACAAAAGGGACAAAAAACUAAGUAAUAGUUUUAAGGAUUGCACUAGUUGGGAAAGUAUUUACCGUGUUUACUCUAGCACCCAACAAAAUUGGGCCACCUCAACUGCUGUGCGUGUUACUUGCGUCAAAGCGCAUGAUCAAAGUAUCAAAGUUUUAAAGCUAAAAGGUGAUUUGGUGGUCACAGGAAGCAGCGAUAAUUAUAUGCGAGUUUGGAAUGUACGCACAAUGGAACGUCUCUUGGAAAUUGACGUAGGUGCAGACAUAAAUUCUGUUGAUUUUUUAGUGGAGAAGGACGUCAUUGCGUGUGGAUCUUAUUACGGUGCAUUUGGAUGUAAAUUCUUUUCUUUAUCCCGCGGAAAACCCUUGAGUCAAUUUAUGGAAAAUCAUUGGGUUGGUACCCAAUGUCUUAUUAUGAAUGAGGAUCAUAUUGUAGUAGGUUCACAUAAUGGCGAUGUUUAUGUUAUCGCCUGGAUGGAAUGCAGAAAAGUCGCAGUGUUUCAUGAACAUCGUAAUCCUGUGGCUGGAGUGUGUUUGAUUGGUACAGAUACGGUAUUAUCUGUAUCUACUAACGGUACUAUAGACACUUUUAGCAUAAAACAACAUACACGUCUACACCAAUAUUCUAUAUCUAAUGGAAUGUCUGUGUGUAUAUCGGCCUUUGAUGAACUUGGCGAUGGUAGAAAUGUGAUGUGUGUCUCACCAACGGGCACUAUAGUUCACCUUCUUUGGCCAAACGAUGAAACAACCGAAACUGUCGAUUCAUCAUCACAAUAUUUUCAAAAAAUAACAGAUACUGAAUCCAUUCAUCGUAUAUUCUCUCAGGACCCAAUAAUUCAUUAUAGUAACGACGAAAUAUCUAACAGAAUAUUAUGUGCCGCGAUUGACGGGACUUUUAAUCGUGGCGUGAUUGGACCAUGUCUCGCGUGGCCACCAAGAGGUAGUAUACAAAUAUAUGAUUUUGAAAAAGGUCUUGGGCGACUGGAUGGGAUUCAAAGUCCGAACGCUGAAGAUGAUGCACUUGCUAAUUGCAACAGAGAACAAGGAGGCAGUGGAUUGAAUCCAGUUUUUACAGCUUUGGGAAUGGACAUUGAAAAAGUGGUUGCGGGAUGUUCGCGUGGCUGGAUUUAUUGUUUUGAGCUUGUGGGCGAGGUAAACGAGCAUAAAGAAUUCACUAGAGAAAAUCAAUCCUCACAAUCAUCAUCCCCGUUGUUGAAAGAAAUAUGGGAGGAGAUUUAUUAA